CUGAUGACAUGCCCGGAGAAGACCACUGUUUUAUAUUAUUAUAAAGUGAUCGCAUGAGCGGAUGCAACUUUGGGCUUUUCGUGAAGGCGGCGAUUGGUGACUGGAGAACAAUGUUAAGGUCAAACAAAGUAAGCGACGAAAGCAGGUGCGCAGAAACCAUCUUUCCAGGGCUACGAGCAUAUAGCCGCCACAGACUAGUCCAGAUGUGGUAAUUCCCCAUUCUCGGUCCUCACCUCAUUUCGCCGUUGGGUCAUUCUUACUUUUUGUCGAUCCCACUACCUUACACUCUCUUUUCGCAGUCGCUACCGGCGAGCGGCCAAGAUGGCGAGGACUCCUCAUCCGAACGCGACCGCCAAUUCCGAAAGGCCGCCAUGGCUGAAUGAUCAGGAGCAGGAUUAUAUAUCAAGCGUGGGAUGGAGGACGUUGUUCACUUUCACCACAAAAGAGCAUAUGCCCGCACUGCUUGGUGGUAUAGCGAUGGCGUCUAUAGCUGCGCUUUCCAUGCCUGCUUUCGCAAUCGUCUACGGUCUUGUUUUUGGUCAAUACACAAGCUAUGGCGAAGGAUCGAUAGGCAGUAGCCAACUCAUGAGCAACAUGGCCAGGUUCUGCAUAAUUCUUACCGCUCUCGCAACACUCAGCUGGAUUGCCAAUAGUUUCUACUAUCUCUUCUUUCUCAUAUUCGGAGAGCUCCAGGCGAGAAGCGCCCGAAACAGAAUCUUCGAUGCUCUUAUCAAAAAGGACAUGGCUUGGUUCGAUACGCGGGAGGAUGGCAUCGCCGCGUUUCUGCCGACAGUCCAGAUGCAUGUCCGCGACUUACAGCUUGCAGUAUCAUCUCCUUUUGGCGAAGCUGUCCAGUCGCUCGUGCAAGGUGUCGCAUCCUUGGGGGUCGCUUUCUACUAUUCGUGGAACCUAACAUUGGUCGUCUUGUGUACAAUACCAGUUCUAUACUUGGUUCAAUCCUCAGUGGCAAAGCGGCUAUCACUACGAGCACACGAGCAUGCCGAGAAUUUGAAGUCGGCACUAAAAUAUAUUACGACUGCAGUAACAAGUAUUGAGACGGUCAAAUGCUUCAACGGGGAAAGAUACGAACUCCAUGUCUUUACAAGCAUCGCCACCAUUACAGCGAGCUUAUACAGAAGCGUGGCCAAUUUCCGCUCUGUGCAGAUCAGCAUUAUGCAAUUUUUUACGAUCAGCGUUUUUGUUCAAGGAUUUUGGUAUGGUAGUCACCUCGUCGAAACCGGGGAGAGUGACCCCGAACAGGUCCUGACGACGUUCUGGGCAGCACUUAUGGCAAUGUCUGGGAUGACCCAAAUAAUGCCUCAGUUGAUCGUAUUGCAGCAAGGAAAGAUGGCCGGUGCAAGAUUAAGCGUACUUAUGAAGCAGAUUUCAACGAGCGAUCAACAAUUCGAAUCGCAAGGCAAAUUGCGGCCUGAAAGAUGUAAGGGUCAGCUCGAAUUCCGAAAGGUCACAUUCUCAUAUCCUUCACGCGCAGACGAGACUGCCAUUCGAGAUGCUUCGCUUCUGAUCCGGGCUGGAGAGACGACUUUUGUCGUCGGCAAAAGCGGUUCCGGAAAGAGCACACUAGGUCAACUUCUCGUCCGCUUCUAUCGGCCUUUGUCGGGACAAAUAUUCCUGGAUGACGUUCCACUCGAAGACUUGGACGUCAAAUGGCUACGACGAAAUGUCACGCUUGUUGAGCAGCACAGCGUGCUGUUCAACGACACUAUCCGCUACAAUCUCGCUCUUGGUCAACUAGGCGAUACAGUGGACAUGCAAGAUAUCCGCAAUGCAAUCAAGUUUGCUAUGCUAGAAUCCGUUAUGGAGGGACUACCCAAUGGACUGGACACUGAACUCGGCAUGAAGGGUGGCUCAUUGAGUGGAGGGCAGAGACAAAGAAUGGCUCUAGCUCGAGCUAGGAUCCGGAACUCGCCGGUGCUGAUCCUGGACGAAUCGACUAGUUCUCUUGAUUACGUUACACGAGCCGAGAUGCUUGACGCUAUACGAAGCUGGCGGAAAGGGAAGACAACGAUCAUCAUUACCCAUGACAUCUUGCAGAUCCGACCCAACGACUUCCUGUAUUUGAUGGACAACGCUCGGGUAGUACAACAGGGAUGUCGAAAAGAGCUCGAAUCCCAAAAUGGAUCUUUCAAGUCUUUUCUUGAUACACACGCAGAGGCUAACACAGGCGAUGAGGCUGAUGACCAAGAGGACGACUUCUAUUGCGGAGACGAAGCCGGUCACGGCAAUGUCUUACUAGAAGAGUCACGGACAGCCCGGAUGGCUUCUAUGACACGUCCGCUAUCUGCUGUUCACUUUGGACAGUCAGUCCUGGCGAUAUAUCCCGAAAAAGCCCGCGCGUCUUCGGGAGGGACUGUACCGGUCGACGUAGGCCCAGAUCCAAGGCUAUCCAUCCAUGAACAGACGGCUCAUCAAGGCGGUCAGAUGGAGUCCAUUGAGAUAAAUCAAGCAUUUCCAAAUGCUGUGGCAUCGGAACAUCUCCCGGCUAUGCCGUCUCCUGUCAAGAAGACGAUCUUGUCGAAAGACCAUGGCUCGAGACCUAUUUCAAGAUCGAACCUACACAGACGCUCUCUGUCGUUUCCAAAAGAACACAACUCACGUCUAGGCCCCAAACUGUCGACGCGGCCGGUCUCGCCGAUAAGUCCGUACUCGCGACCCCUUGCGAUCCACGAGUCUGUCCCAGUUUUUUCGGACGCAGCGAAGAAAUCUUCGAGAAACGUUAAGCUUCUUCAGAGAGUCAAACGCUUCCGCAAGAAGGAUCAUAGUGAAGAAAGAGAUUUCUCGGCCACUUCUCUUCCGAUGAAAGAGAUAUUCAUGUCUGUGUGGCCCGCUAUAGGCCGGGGUCCCCGCCUCCUCAUUUUAGCGGCAUCCUUCAGCGCAACGAUUCAUGCUGCAUGCACACCAGUAUUCGCAUGGGUUUUCGCUCAGCUUUUGACUACUUUUUAUGUGCCAGGCGCUAGGAAGGAGAUGUCCCAAAAACAUGCCCUUGCCAUUCUUGGUAUUGCCGCUCUCGAUGGUCUGUCGUGCUACUUCAUGUUCUUCCUCUCAGAUACAGUAGCGCAGGCGUGGACUCUUUCGCUGAAGAAGGAAGCCAUGCGCCGCAUCCUCAUGCAAUCACGAGAGUUCUUCGACAAGGAAGAAAACAGCGUGUCGCGGCUUGCCGAGACAUUGGAUCACUUUGCUGAAGAGGCUCGAAAUCUUCCAGGCCGGUUUGCUUGUGUCUUUCUCACCAUGAAUCUUAUGGUUUGUAUCUCUGUCUUUUGGAGCAUGGUGAUAGCAUGGGAGUUGGCCUUGGCUGCUCUCGCGACUGGUCCUGUACUCUUCGUAAUCACGAAGUGCUACAACAUUAUCAGCAGCCGCUGGGAAAGAUUGGAAAAUGAGGCCGCUGACAAGGUUGGUCAAGUGCUUCACGACGCGUUCGUCAAUAUCAAGACUGUUCGAUGCCUGGUUUUGGAAGAUCACUUCAGGAAAAGGUAUACCGACGCAACUACCGAAGCUGUAAAUGUCGGCAUCAAGCGCGCAAUAUACUGUGCAUCCAUUCAUGGACUUUCGUUCACUGGAGUCAUCUUCGUAACUAUCCUGCUAUACUGGUAUGGAGGAUAUCUCAUGUCGAAGCACGAGUACACUGUCAGUGAAGUGUUGGAAUGCUUCCUGGUACUCAUGCUUAGUGUCAAUCAAGUUAGCUACAUGGCGAACUACGUCACUCAGAUCAACAUGGCGAGGGACGCUGGAUCACGAUUGCUACGUCUCGCACGACUACCAACGAGCUCACACGAACUCACCGGCGAAACUCAGAUACAGUCUGCAGGUGACAUCUCGCUGAACAAAGUCACCUUCAGCUAUCCUACCCGGCCAGGGAUCCGAGUACUGCAUGAUCUGUCGUUUCAAAUUCCACAAGGGAGCUGCACCGCUAUCGUUGGAUCCUCGGGGGCAGGCAAAUCCACAAUUGCCUCCCUCCUUCUCAAACUUUACCAAACAGACACUAAUCCACUCGCGUCCUCCAAACCGUCAAGCGAUAUGACUGUCUCGAAUUACGACAUCAAGACCCUGCAUACUACCAACCUCCGUUCGCGGAUGGUCAUAGUAUCACAAACGCCCGUCCUCUUCCCCGGCACUAUCGCAGAAAACAUCGCCUACGGCCUAUCCCGUUUACUCCCCGAAACAAGCAUCAAAAGCAUCCGCGCAGCUGCCUCCGCAGCUGGCAUAGCUGAGUUCAUCGACAGCCUGCCCCAAGGCUACAACACGCUCGUCGGCGAAGGCGGCACAUGUCUAUCUGGAGGCCAAGCCCAACGCGUCUCCAUCGCACGCGCCCUCGUUAGAAAUCCCGACGUGCUCAUCCUCGACGAAGCAACAAGCGCGCUAGACGUAGCUUCCGCUCAAAUUAUCCGCGAGACUAUCCUCCGUCUCGUUCACGGCACCGAAGAUACUGGAUCCACCAUAUCCCCACCCAUAUCACCCCAGAGCCGUUCACGUUGGUUUUGGAAUGAGAAAGAGGGGGAUUGGGAUUACAAAGUCGGGUAUCCACUGCAGCAGCGGAUGACUGUGGGUAGUGGCAGUGAUAAGGGCAACAGAUCGAGGAAACGGAUGACGGUCAUCAUCAUUACGCAUGCGCGGGAGAUGAUGGCUAUUGCUGAGCACAUUGUUAUGUUGGAUCAAGGAAGGGUGGUUGAACAGGGUAGCUUCAACGAGCUGAAGAGGAAAAGGCAGAGUGCUUUUGGGAGGUUGCUGAGGGGUGUGAGGGAGUAGAUCGAUUGCAAUAGGGGUUUGCAUGGCGAAAAGAGGCAUGUGUCUUGUCCUUGGAAGGGUUUAGUGUCUAUUUCUUCGUUGUAUAAAUUCAAAUACUUGCUGUUCUCUCGAUAUGGAUGUAUGCGUAUCGCUUUAUACAAGCACGAAACUGAAUCGGUGCAUAAAUACUACACAUGCUGCUGCUUGACAGACUGUGAUAUAUCAGGUUUAGAGCAGGCAGAGAACUUGAUAAUGACAUAGGUGUCUGUGG